AAAACACUCCUCAGUUCUUAUUCAGGAAGAGGACAACGACUCCACCAGCUGACUUUUCUGAUACAGGUACAACCAUGAGACUACUAGGUUACUUUUGUCUUGUGGUGAACUUGGCAUUUUCAUCAGCACUCUCCCUCCCUUCUGUAGAGGUAGAGAUAGUUGAUGUUGGUGAAAACAACACUAUCGAAGAGGAUUUAACGCUUGAUGAUAUUCGUGAGCCUCCUAACAUUCAAAGAAGCAGCAUUCUACCUGGAAAUGAUCUCUGGACAUCGCCAAUCCCCUAUGUCUUGGAUAAAGACCUGGAGUUGAACGCCAAAGGAUUCAUCAUGAGAGCCUUUGAGCAAUUCAGAUUGAAGUCAUGCAUCGAUUUCAAACCCAAGUAUUCUGAGGACUAUUACAUUGAUAUCCAAAAGUUAGAUGGGUGUUUCUCAUAUAUUGGUCGACAGUUUGCCAAUGGACAGGACCUCUCUAUUGGUUCAGGCUGUGACUCUCUUGCCAUCGUUGAGCAUGAGAUUCUCCACGCUCUUGGAUUCUACCAUGAACAGUCAAGAUUUGACAGAGAUGAUUUUGUGCAGAUCGUACCUGCCAAUAUUAUAACAGGUACAGAGCAUAAUUUCAGAAAGGUCAGCAGUGAUGAAUCCACCACCCAUGGAACCCCAUAUGACUACAUGUCCGUGAUGCACUAUGGCAAGAAUGCUUUUAGCAAUGGGAAUGGUAAUGGAACAACAAUCAUCACGGUGGACCCUAGAUUCCAAGAUGUUAUUGGUCAAAGGCUUGAAAUGAGUCCUAGUGAUGUAGAAGAACUGAACCUCCUCUACAAUUGCAAUGCAACUAUUUCCUUUAUUUUUUACUGUGGCUUUUCCAAUGGAACUAUGUGCCAAAUGAGUCGCUGUUCACAAAAUGGAAGUAACUGGGAAGUCGUCACACAAACCCCUGGGGGUCCAAGCUCUGACCAUACCAGUCUAUCAAGCGGAAGUGGAGAUAAUGGUCAACAAACGGGAUACUUUAUACAUGGAAGCACGGCAACAGGUCAAGAGGGCGAUUCAGCACGGCUGGAAACUGAAGAAGUGAAGCCUAACAGAGGAUGUAAUGUUCAAUGCUUGCAGUUCUACUAUUUCCACAGUGGAAAUGAAUCAGAUGAACUUAAUAUCUGGAUCAGAGAAUUCCAAGAUGAACAGGACACCAAUGGAGUUCUCCGCCUCAUGAGCCAGAUUACCGGUUCACCUACAUCUCACUGGAAGAUCCACCAUGUUUCCUUGAAUGCCACCAAGAACUUCCAGGUGGUGUUUGAGGUUCGGAAAGGAGCCGGAAACUCUACAGGAGGCUUCUCAAUUGAUGACAUUAAUCUCUCAGAGACAGAGUGUCCACAUGUUGUCCUGCAGAUUGAUGACUUAGAGAAUCUUUUAAACACAAGCAACACUGUAACAAUAAGAUACAGUCCACGACAAUAUUCAAAAGAUGGCCAUGCGUACCGUAUAGCUGCUAUACUUCGCAAACCAUCUGUUGGAAUGUUUGUGCAGCUCUUGUCUGGUGAUUUUGACAAUGAACUGCAGUGGCCUUGUCUGCAAAGACAAAUGAUUUUCCAGCUGUUGGAUCAAACCCCGAACAAGAAACUGCAAAUGUCCAAGGAACUUGCUUUUCUUUCAGUUGAAACUCAAGUGACAAGUAGUGGUAUACUUGCCUGGAAUAAUCCCAGGGACAAUGGAACUAAGGUUCUCUAUGAAAAUAAUGAGUAUAUUUAUGGUGGACCACUCUGGGGUUACUCACGAUUUGCAACCUUGGAAGAACUGCGAUCCAGAGAGUUCCUCAAGGGGGGUAGUGCCAUUUUUAUGUUUAAUUUUGAAGAUCUCACCCCACUGAUCAAUGGAACUACUCUGCCAUGUCCUCAGUUAAGACCAAUAAAGACAAGAAAUCCUACCAAAAAUGUGGAUGAAGGUCCAUGCCUACCACGGAUUUUAUCUACCGCCCAUCCUCCUGCUACUACAGACAACAAGUAUUGCCUUUAAAUGAUGUUCCAGUCUCUCCUGCCCUUCCUUGUCUCCUUUUGGUUCUUUCUUUUUCCUUGGAAAAGGGAAUUAUUUAUUGAUAAUAUCACUGAACUUUCUACCUGUGUUUGUAGUUUAUGACAACUAUUACAAUGAGCUGUUAAGGAUAGCAAACACAAUUACAAAGGAAUGACAAGA